GACGCCCCGGUGGGUGGAGGCGGGUUGCUGCAGGACGGUGCGGUUCGGGUGCAGGUGCGCCAUGCGGACAGCGCUUUGAGAUCUCCCCUCAUUUCGCCGCAAAGUUCAUGCCCGGUUCAUCCACGUUUUUGUCCGUGUCCCUGAUUCCGUCCGCCUGACUCGUGCGGCUGCAGUAAGCCAGUCCGUUGACCACCAUGGCCUCCGCUGGUUUGCUGCUCCUGGCCCUCUGCUCCUCCAUCUCCAUCACAGAGGCGGUUCUCUUUGGUGAGCCAAGAAUUUAUGGAGAUGAUGCAACCGGUUAUGGUCCCAUCUUUGAGGAGGAGCCGGUGGAUGUGGUUUACACUGAGGACUCACCCGACAAGAGAAUCUCCAUGAACUGCAGGGCUCGGUCAAACCCACCAGCUUCAUACAGGUGGCGUCGUGAUAACUGGGAGAUCAAGCUGAUGGAGCAGCCAGACGAGUACUACAGCCUGGUGGGGGGGAACCUGGUAAUCACCAACCCCAAACAGAAGAAGCACGCUGGCACGUACAUCUGCGUGGCCAAGAACAUCUACGGCACCGUCAUUAGCAAGGAGGCAAGGGUCAAGUUUGGAUUUUUGGAGGAGUUUCCUGAUGAGGAGAGGGAUCCAGUCUACGUCAAAGAAGGACAGGGAGCAGUUCUGCUGUGUGUACCUCCAAAGGCCUGGCCCCAGGCGGUGACCUACCGCUGGAUCUUCAACGAGUUCCCAGUUUUCCUGAACACAGAUCGCCGCCGAUUUGUCUCCCAGCGGACGGGGAACCUGUACAUCUCCAAGGUGGAGGCUCAGGAUGCAGGGAACUACUCCUGCUACGUUUCCAGUCCCAUCAUCGGGCAGAGUGUCUUCUCCAAGUUCAUCCCCCUCAUCCCCUCACCCCCCGAUGAGGGGGAGGAAAGGAAGUACCCUGCAGACAUCAGGGUGAAGUUCCCAGAUACUACUGCCAUGUUGGCCUCUAAUAUUACAUUGGAGUGCUUUGCCCUGGGAAAUCCCAUCCCUUAUAUUGUUUGGAGGAAGGUGGACGCCACAGACCUCCCUGCAAAUCACGAGAUCAGUGAAUCCGGAGCCGCGCUUCAUUUGUACAAUGUGCAGUACGAGGAUGUGGGAGCAUACGAGUGCGAAGCCAUCAACACUAAAGGGAAGGACUGGCACAAGGCCUGGCUCUAUGUGGAGGCUGCCCCAGAGUGGGCUGAGACCCUCAACAACACUCAGAUCGACAUCGGCUCCGAGCACACCAUGCGCUGUGUGGCCUCAGGGAAGCCCUACCCUUUCAUCCGCUGGUACAAAGACGGAUACAUGUAUGGUAAAGGUGAGCUGAAGUUUUCAAGUUUGACUUUUGAUGACUCCGGGAUGUACCAGUGUCUUGCUGAGAAUUACUGGGGCAUCAAAUAUGCCAAUGCCGAGCUGAGAGUCAUCGCCUGCGCUCCCACAUUUGAGUUUAACCCCGUAAAAAGGCAGCUUCUUGGAGCCAGAGACGGACGAGUGGUGAUCGAGUGCAAACCCCGAGCAGCGCCCAGGCCUCGGUUCACGUGGACAAAGGACAAAGAGCUGCUCUUUAACAAUUCACGCAUUUCCAUCAUGUUUGAUGGGACUCUGGAGAUCUUGAACGCCACCAAAAACGACGAGGGCACCUACAACUGCUUUGUCGAGAACGACAGAGGAAAGGCCAACAGCUCUGGUUAUCUCACCAUUACAGAGGCGACCAUCAUCACGGAGGCUCCUGAAGACACUGACGUCAAGGUUGGCGAUGAGGUCAUUCUCAAGUGCACUGCAUCGUACGACCCCAUGCUGGACAUCACCUUCAUCUGGGCCAUGGAUUUCAGAGUCAUCGACUUCGAUUCGGAGUGGCAACACUAUGAACGUGUUAUGACUGAAGAUGGCACUGGUGACCUUAAAAUAAACAACGUCCAGGUUUGGCAUGAGGGUCGUUACACCUGCACGGCUCAGACAGUUGUGGACAAUGAUACGGCGUACGCUGACCUUAAGGUCGUAGGUGUUCCUGGUCCCCCUGGUGUGAUCCGUAUCGAUGAGAUCGGGGACACGUGGGUGAAGCUUUUGUGGAGUAAAGGAUCAGAACAUAACAGCCCCAUUCUUUACUACACCAUUCAGACCAGGCACUACUGGGCUCUGCAUGAGGAUGACUGGAGGGAUGCCAGCACCUCUCCAACAGUUCUUGACGGCAGCUUUGAGAAGGCAGAGGUGACGGACCUGUUCCCCUGGAUGGAGUAUCAGUUCAGGAUCAUCGCCACCAAUGAGUAUGGUUCCGGAGAGGCCAGCAUCCCCUCCCUCAAGGUCAAAACCUGGGAUGCUUCUCCAGUGGUUUCACCCACUGAUGUAGCAGGUUAUGGAGGCAGAAAUGGCGAGAUUGUGAUUACAUGGACACCUGUGGAUCCGUGGUAUUUCGCCGGCAAGAAGUUUGGCUACAUUGUCGCCUUUAAGCCUCACGACGCAUACGACUGGUGGUACGAGACCAUCUCGGACCCUGAGACGAGGCGUUACGUCCACAGAGACUCCUACUUCAUUCCCACUGAGGAAGACUUCCAGGUGCGGGAGUUUCAGGUGAAGGUCAAGUCGUUUAACGUGAAAGGAGACGGACCGUACAGCCUCACCAAAGUCAUCUACUACCCACGAGAUGUACCUAUAGAGUCUCCGACAGAUGUCUAUGCCAGGCCGGUGUCCUCCACUGAAGCCCUGGUGUGGUGGUUACCAGUGGUCGAUACUGGAACAGGCCUGCAGCAGUACAUUGAGGGAUACCAGGUCAAAUACUGGAGAAAGUACGAUGACCCGGAGCCGGGAGCCCAUCGCAUAUUUGUUACAGCUGCAGUCAAUACGACCAGGCUGGAGAACAUGCUGCCAGACUCGCACUACCUCAUCGAGGUCCGUGCCUUCAAUGGAGCCGGCCUCGGGCCACCUGGUGAACACUGCGAGAUGUUCACUAAGAGAGCUCCACCACCAGAGCCUCCCAGGAUGUGGCGCUAUAUCUCUUGGACAGGAAAGUGGCUGUAUGUGUGGUGGGAUCACAUCUCGUACGACUGGUUUGGCAAUAUCUCCUUCCCACUUUACUACAAGGUCAUGUUCAGAAAGUCAGGCUACAUCUACGGGAAAGUCUACAUCACUGGCUGGCACUUCAUGGACUUCCCCAUGCCUCAGGUUGGCGACUAUGAGUUGAUGGUGCGUGGUCGUUAUGAGGGAGGAGAUGGACCAAUCAGGACGAUUAAGAUUCUGGGCAAAGCAUCGAUGAUCACACCCAAUCUAAGCCUGGCAUCUUUGGUGCUGCUGGCGCUGUGCAUUGUGGGAUUGGAAAUGUAAGCCCUCCUUAAGUGACAUGUAUAUAUAAAGACUCUGGGAAGCAGAUAAGGGGAUUUAAUAUCCUUAUUAAGAUAAAACACUCUUGUUAAGAUCCAACAUCGUGCGUCUGUUCUGCUGUAACGCCACAUUCGAAGCAGUUGUUUCACAGAAAUAUAAUUAAUUGAGUCUUACACUUUUUUAGAGAUGUUGACUUUAGUACAAGAACUGCAGAACACAUGCAGUAAACAUGUGACCCCUGCAUACGUGUGUUUGCAAUUCAGGCCACAACCACACUACUUCUGUUUUUGUUUGAAAUCGCAUCCAAGGUGCUACAGGUACGCUCACAAAAUGAAUGAAGACAUGGGAUAAUGAUGUGUAAUUUAUCUUUCUGCACACUGUUCAGAUAGAUGGUAAAAGUUCACAAUACAAUGUGCCCUGUACAUCAUCCACCAUUACCAUUAUUUUCUAUUUGCUCCUACCUGUUUUAAUUAGUUGGACAAACAUUAAUAAUGUAGAAUUAGACCCAAAGAGUGUUUUUUUUAUUUUAUUUAUAGCGAUAAGCAAUCACUCAAAUAUUCAGAAUAAUGAAUACUUUGUAAAGAACUGCAUUAUGUAUUUUUCAUGUUGUUUUAUGUGUGUUUAUUUCUCUUUGGAGCACAUAACUCGUUACCACUCACAAAUUUACUAGAUUCUAUAAGUUGGUUUCACUAUUGUUGCCAGGUGCUGGGUACAGAGGAUGCUUGCACGAUAUGAAUUUCUUUACAUCCUCACCAGAAUCAUUAGCAGAUGCUAUUUGAGUUGUAGCUGCACCAGUGGAAGCCAUAUCACUCUGUUAUCUCAAUAUGAGACCGGUGAUGGUUUUGACAGUAGAAAUGUACUAUUUUAAUGAAACUACUGUAUUACACAAGCUAGGUUUUUUUUUGGUCAUGCUGCAAAACCAUUAAACGGACCAUAUUAACCAAAUGUGUAUUGUCCUAUUGACUUUUUUCUCAGAGCUCGCAAAAUGAAAUGUAAUUUUUUUAAUCAGCAGAUGGCAGUAUAUCCACAUGCUAUUAGCCAUUAGUCGGUAAUCUAUCAGUCCAGAAAAUACAGUAUAAUAUACUGUAAGAUUAUCUUUUUAAUAUAUAAUCUGAAUUGUGAUAAUGUCCUUAGCUUAUAUAUUUUCUUUCCAGUAAAAGCUAUCAAAACUACAUACCAGAACAUAGCUCAUUAACUUGGGGAAUUUGUCUUUGUUUGCCUUGUAUUUGUGCAGCAUCAUAGUAAUGUUCGUCUUUUUCACACGGAAUGCUGCUGUUUUAUGGGUUUUUCAUUUUGAAUUAAAAACAUGUGCAUA